CGGCGUGGACGGUGGUGUCUGUCCCGCCACGGUCAUGGCCACGGUUCGGGAGAAGGCGGCGGCGCUGAACCUGUCGGCUCUGCACAGCCACGCGCAGAGGCCUCCGGGUCUCAGUGUGGCCCAGAAGCCGUUUGGAGCCACGUACGUGUGGAGCAGCAUCAUAAACACCCUUCAGACCCAAGUGGAGGUGAAGAAACGGAGGUACCACCUAAAGCGGCACCAUGACUGCUUCGUGGGCUCCGAGGCUGUGGACGUCAUCUCCGCCCACUUAACUCAGAACAAAUUCUUUGGUGAUGUCGAAAUCCCUCGGGCCAAAGUGGUGAGAGUCUGCCAGGCGCUCAUGGACUACAAGGUCUUUGAAGCCGUCCCAACCAGAGUCUUCGGGAAAGACAGGAAGCCUGCCUUCGAAGAUAGUAGCUGCAGUCUCUAUAGGUUCACGACUCUACCCAGUCAGAACAGCCAGCGAGGCCACGAGAACCAAGUGUGCUCACCUUCCAGGUACUCAGAUACAUUAUUUAAGUCACCUGAUAUCAAGUCGGACAGUUUGGAGGACCUGUGGGAAAAUCUGAGUCUAAAGCCUGCCGACUCCCCUCAUCUAAAUAUCUCUACGAGGCUGUCUCCUCAAGUUAUUAAUGAAGUAUGGCAAGAAGAGACGAUCGGACGUCUGCUACAACUUGUCGACCUUCCAUUUCUUGACUCCUUACUCAAACAGCAAGAGACUGUACCUAAAGUCCCUCAGUCUAAGAGACAGCCUGACAUGGUCAACACCACCACCUAUCUGGACCGAGGGAUUCUCAGGGCCUAUGGUGACUCUCAGGAAGAUGAAUGGAUCUCUGCAGCCAUCGACUGCUUGGAGUAUCUUCCUGACCAGAUGGUUGUGGACAUAAGCAGAAAUUUUCCUGAGCAGCCAGACAGAACAGACUUAGUGAAGGAACUUCUGUUUGAUGCUAUUGGCAAAUAUUAUAGCACGAGGGAGCCUCUGUUAAAUCACUUGUGUGACGUCCAUAACGGAAUAGCGGAGCUCCUAGUAAAUGGGAAGACAGAAACAGCAUUAGAAGCUACUCAGCUGUUUCUGAAGCUUCUGGAUUCCCAAAAUAGAGAAGAAUUUAGAAGACUGCUGUACUUCAUGGCUGUUGCAGCGCAUCCUUCUGAAUUUAAGUUACAGGAAGAAGUAAGUCUGUUGGGAAAUGGUCCGGUAUGCUGCAGUGGACGGCAGCUCUCCAUAUUUGCUAUCCUCUUAGCGCUGGCUUUAGCUUUUCAGUCUGUACCAUGGGGCCUGUUCUUACUCCUGCAGAGUGACAAUCGGAUGCUUGUGAAAAGGGUAUUCUCCAAAGCUGUUGUCAACAAUAAAAACUUAUCUAAAGGCAAAACCGAUCUCCUUGUACUCUUCCUAAUGGAUCACCAAAAAGAUGUUUUCAAGAUUCCUGGAACGCUGCAUAAAAUUGUUAGUGUUAAGCUUCUGGCCAUACAAAAUGGAAGAGAUCCUAAUAAAGACACAGGCUACAUUUAUUGCCAGAGACUUGAUGAAGGUGACUAUUCAGGCAGCACACAGAAGAGAACCAAAGACGAACUGUUGAACUUACUAAAGACUAUUGAUGAGGAUUCAAAACUCUCUGCCAGAGAGAAGAAGAAACUGCUAGGCCAGUUCCAUAGGACUCAUCCAGAUAUCUUCAAUGAGUAUUUUGGAGACUGAACUUCUAAUGUCCGUGUGUAUGUGCACUCUGUAUUUUAAGGACAAA